AUGUCUGACGGAGAAGUUGAUCUGUUGAAUAGGGAUCCUAAUGGAUUAAAUAACACUGUGCAGGUAGCAUUUGAGGAUGUCCUCGGUGAGCCAGAAGGUACCCACAGCAUUGACUGUGUCUGGACCAACAGUUACAAAUGCUUUACAUGCGGAAAGAACUGUUGUUACAAGUUCAUGAGCACUCUGUGUGGAAUAUGUAUCGCUCUGUACUGGGGAUGUGAGUUCGCCAUGAUCACAUUCAAUGCUGUCUGGUGCUGUACUCCUGGCCUCAAGGUCUACACCAUUACCUGUGGAAUAGUUCAGAAGUUCUUCGGUACCUGUGUCACUUGUUGUCUUGCUCCUCUGUGCGAGACCUGUGGACUCAUGUUCAGCAAAAUACAAAUAACGAAGUCAUAG